UCUCUUAUUUUUGCAGUUUUCUUCAAACUUUAUUCUACUUUAUCAUGUAUCCUUACAAUUUUGUAAGAGAUAAAAUCAACCGCUUAGUAAAGCCAAAGCGCAUUAAUGAUGACAUAGAUAUUGAGAAAAACACGGAAGAAAGACAAGAAGAAAAGAGGGAAGAAAAUACCCCUCCUACUUCCAAAUGGCGCUCUACGUUAGUUAUCAUAAUUAUUGGUUUCCUUAUGAUAAUUAAUACGACCAGUGAUGUCAUUUUUAGCGGUUCCCUACCUGACAUCAGGAAUCAUUCUGAUAUCAGCGAACAAAAAGCAUGGAUAUUCCAGAACGUGUGUAUCGGCAUUGGCAUAUCAAUUGCAUCACUGUUUGCAUAUUUAUGGGGUGAAUACAGUAGUGUAAGAAUAAUAUGUGGAGUUAUUGCUGCGCGGAUGAUAUUCUCCACUGCCUGUUUAUACAUUCCAACAGAGAGUUUUGGAUUUUGGGCCUUACUCUGCCUUCAAAGUUCAUUAACCUCAGUCAGAGGCAGUUAUAUAACUGCUGCUCCUCUGAUAAUCGCCGAUCUAUUUGAAAACAGAACUCGAACUUUAAUACAGUGCAUCUUUUACAUCUUUUUUUCUAUUGCAUGUGCCAUGGGGUCCAUUUUUGAACCAGUUGUGACUGCCCUUUUCGGUUCCAAGUGGCGCAUUGCACUACAGGUGGACAUCUGGUUUGACCUGGUUAUGAUUCUGGUAUUUAUUUUACUGAUAACCAAACCAGGUGUAGGUGGCUUGGUGAUUAAUCCUACAAUUGAAAAGAAGAAAAGAAGCUUUAAAUUGGAUAUUUUGGACAUGAUUGUAAAUCGCAGCUUGAUUUGCUCGGUUGUCGGAUUUGGAGCUGCUUCUUUUGCUACUAAAGGGGCAUUUGUCUGGAUUCAAAUCCUAAUGAAGAGAGUCUACAAUGAGCAGGAGCGAUAUUACAUACUUGGAAGGAAUAUUGAGUACAGCACACUAUAUGAAUUAGGGAAAUGCGCGGCCGUUGUGCUUGGCAUUGUAUUGGGCACAGUGAUCAGUUCCAUUCGCCGAAAAGCGAAUCGACGAGCAUAUCCGAUACUGUGCGCCGUAGGACUUCUCCUGGCUAUUCCACUUAUGUGCUUGAGUGUUUUGCUAAUGAGGAUGAGUUUCUUCACAGCUCAAGUUUUGCUCUUUUUAAGUUGGAUUUGCCUGUCUCUGAACCAGGUCCCAGUAAACGAAAUUAUUCUGACAACAGUGCUUCCAACCUGCUUCGGUUGGGCAUUUUCUGAAAAGUCAGUUGUAGAAUCAAUAAUGGCAGAUAAAGGGGUUACAAACCUCUUGCAUUGGAUUUUUGAAAGACUAAAUAGAGCCGCACCAUACCUGUCCCAGAACAGUACAGAGGUCAUUCUCUUGAUUAUCCCAUUCGUGGCUUUCGUCGGAGCUGGAUUAUUUUUACUUACAAGUAAAUAUAUUGAAGAGGAUGAGAAGAAAGUAAAGCAAUUUAUGGAUACACCAGAUCCUGUGCUACCUUAGAAGAAGAAGGUACAUGGCUUUCGUCGGAGGUGGAUUAUUUUUACUUACAAGUAAAUAUAUUGAAGAGGAUGAGAAGAAAGUAAAGCAAUUUAUGGAUACACCAGAUCCUGUGCUACCUUAGAAGAAGAAGGUACAUGGCUUUCGUCGGAGGUGGAUUAUUUUUACUUACAAGUAAAUAUAUUGAAGAGGAUGAGAAGAAAGUAAAGCAAUUUAUGGAUACACCAGAUCCUAUGCUACCUUAGAAGAAGAAGGAACAGCCUGAUGGUUACGGAUAUAGCUGGCAGUAGUGUGGGGGUGAAAUUUUACGAUACGCUUAAAAAAUGUAAUGAAAAACAUUACACCAAUAGUGUAUUCUAUACUGAAAGAAAAGGAAAAAACUUGUACACCAACAGCGCUGAGUAUUACCCACAACUUUUCUUCAGCAUCUUGGCUUAACUGACAACACUACAGGGGUAUGGUCCAGUUGAUCCAGGGACUGGUCCGAUUGCCA